AUUUCAGAGCAGCCAUUGUGAAUGCGAUUUUUUUCUUCAAUUAGCCUGCUUGUCUACCUUUGUCAGUGGGUAAAUGAACGUUUUUGGUCAUAGAAAGCAACACGGUCUCAAAAGAAUCGUAGAUGAUUUGAUUUAUUCCUCUUCUGUAUUUAUGAUGUGUCGAGCGAUAUGUUACUACGAAGCUGCGUUUGUUUCGUCAUUUUUAGAGAGCUAUUAUUUGUUACUGCCGUGUCAUGAGUUCGUACAGAACCUUGAUCUAGAGUGAGUCUGCUUUUUAUUUAGAUUAAUGUCACCACUUUUCUCUCAUUUGUUGAUUGGUGUUGCAUUCUGAAAGAGGCUUGGAUAUCUUUUAUGAUGGUGUUGUUGGCGCUUGUAAAAGUGCACGCUGUUGGUGUCUAUAGUAUAAGAGGAAGUCACAGUCAUAACAUUACCGAUAUUGCUUCGAGACAUUGGAUGCGCUGUUGCGAUCAUUGAGAGUGGAGAAGGUAUCGAAGUCGGUGUUUCAGCUUACCCUCAUUUCUGAGUCAGACUGUAUAUCCAGGACUGAAAACGUCAGGUGUGAGAACAAAAUCAUUGUAAAUUGACGAUGACCUGUAUCAAAGGAAUAAUUCUCAAGUUGUGUCAACAGAAUCACUUAACAUCAAAAUCAAAGGAUUCGUUUAUCUAUUGUUUCUUCAAAAUCGUGUGUUAACUGUAUACAUUUGAAGGGAAUAGUUUAUUAACAGUGCCCGGGGACCAUUUAUCAAUUUGAUAAACAGACUUAUCACUUUGUGAUCAUAUAAAUUGUGUAGCAACUAAAUCUUUUCUGAGCAAAAUAUCGGGACGAAAUCGUUUGUGACCAGAGCAGGGUAUAUACAGAACAUUUUCACGUUCGGCAGUGUCAUGUACUCCUACAAAUGUGAGAGCGAGUACUCCUCCAUCCGCCCGCCUCGAAAGAAUGAGCUGAAGCGUCAUAGCUUUCAUGAUUUCUAUCACAGGUACCUGGUUCACAACACCUAUGCCCACCUGCAAGGGACACCCCCGCGCAUGGAGGAUCCGGCGGCCGGCGGCGCUGGCGUCAGCGGCAUCGGUGGCGACGAGUUUCGGUCGCACAACCACGCGGAGCGCAUGAUGCGCAAGUUGGAGCUGUACGCCGCCAAGCGCCAACUGUGCGAUGUGAUAUUGGUGGCGGAGGAGAGAAGGAUUCCCGCGCACCGCCUUGUGCUGAGCGCCGCUUCCGACUAUUUCGCUGCCAUGUUCACCAGCAAUGUGCGCGAGGCCAAUAUGGACGAGAUCCCCCUUAAGGACGUAGACGCCGAGGCGCUUGCGUCGCUCGUGCAGUACGCCUACACAGGCCACAUCCAGCUGAAGGAGGAGACUGUAGAGAGCCUUUUGUCCACGGCGUGCCUGUUGCAAAUGUCUGAGGUCGUGGAGGCCUGCUGCAGUUUUCUCAUGAAGCAGCUACACCCAUCCAACUGCAUCGGCAUCCGCCAGUUUGCAGACAUUCAAGGUUGCACGGACCUUUACAAAGUGGCCAACAAUUUUGUGAUGGACCGUUUUGUGGAGGUGAUGCAGAACCAGGAGUUUGUCUUGUUGCCCUGUGACGAAGUCUGUAAGCUCCUGGCCAGUGAUGACCUGAAUGUUCCCAACGAGGAGACCAUCUUUGAGGCAGUAUUGCGUUGGGCACGUAAUGACCUGCCCACCAGGAAAAAGCUGCUCUCUAUGCUGCUGUCGCAUAUCAAGCUGCCCCUGAUGGCCCCUCAGUUCAUCGCUGACCACGUAGAGACCAACUCUCUGUUCCAUGAGGACAAGGAAUGCCAGCAACUCAUCAUGGAAGCACUCAAAUACCACUUAUUGCCUGAGAGACGCUCAUCUUUCCAGUCUCCCCGCACCAAGCCGCGCAAGUCUACGGUUGGAGUUCUCUACGCUGUCGGCAGCAUGGAGUGUACGAAAGGUCCGACUAGUGUAGAAAAGUAUGACCUUCGCACAAAUACGUGGACCCAAGUGGCCAGUAUGUCAGGUAGGAGACUGCAGUUUGGUGUGGCCGUGCUGGAUGAUAAGCUCUUUGUGGUGGGAGGUCGUGACGGCCUGAAGACACUCAACACUGUGGAAUGUUAUGACCCCAAAAAGAAUUCUUGGACUCUAAUGCCUCCCAUGUCCACUCACCGCCAUGGUUUGGGUGUUGGGGUACUGGAAGGUCCGAUGUAUGCUGUUGGGGGCCAUGAUGGCUGGUCCUAUCUGAACACUGUUGAGCGCUGGGACCCUCAGGCCCGUCAGUGGAGUUAUGUGGCCCCAAUGUCUACCUCUCGCAGUACUGUUGGGGUAGCAGCCCUGCUGGGAAAACUGUAUGCUGUUGGUGGAAGAGACGGUAGCUCUUGCCUGAAGUCGGUGGAGUGCUUUGACCCACACACAAACAAAUGGACGCACUGCACCCCAAUGUCCAAGAGGAGGGGUGGUGUCGGGGCUGCCAACUGCAGUGGGUUCUUGUAUGCCGUUGGGGGCUAUGAGGCUCCAGCCACCAACCCUACCAGCUGUCGAUUUGAUUGCGCAGAAAGAUAUGAUCCUAAAACUGACCAGUGGACCAUAAUAGCGCCCAUGAGCAGUCCUCGCGACUCUGUAGGGUUGUGCCCCUUGGGUGACAAGCUUUUUGCUGUAGGAGGCUAUGACGGUGUGCAGUAUCUUAAUGAUGUGGAGUGCUAUGACCCUGUCACCAAUGAAUGGAACAAAGUGGCCACUCUAUGUACUGGCCGUGCAGGUGCCUGUGUUGUGCACAUGGCUAAUAGCUGACUAGGCGGCCUCUGCCACACAAGCCACCGGGCCCAGGCUCUGGCACUACUCAAAAGGUGGCCAUCAGGACUCCUGGCUUUACAGCAGGCACGGCGAUUGGAUGCAUGGUUGUAACCUCAGAGGCUCAUAGACACACUACCUGAGACAAGGCAUAGGCUGACCUACUCACUCUUUUAUUUAUGAGCACUCAUAGAAAUAAAGAGCAUAGACCGACAGAUAUACAAGAUCUGUCAUGCGUGCACACUUACACACACACACACACUCACACACACACACACACACACACACACACACACACACACACACACACACACACACACACACACACACACAGAGAACUGUGGAAGGUAUCAACUGAUAGACUCAUCACACAUACCUACACACAUGCGAAAAUGUACAUAGUAUCGACCAAGAUAAUCACAGCCCUUGUCUUGCCGAAAGAUCUUCCUCUUAGACUCAAAGUGAGGAAACUGACUUACUGUAGAAGUAAACUCCUGACUCCUGUCAUUGUGGCUGUUACUGAUUAAUUCCAGUAUCCUGAUAUGAGCAAGCGUUGGGCUGGCCUUCGUGUGGCAUGAGUACUGGCAGGUCUCCAGUAUCUCAGAUGUCACCCUCGUGUUGGACAAUUUAAAAAAGUGUAAAAAAGUGUUCUAAGUGUGCACCUGAUUGUAUGUCUAUGUGACCUCUGCAAAUGUGAAAUUCAUGAUUUCCAUUGGUGCUGCAGGUAAAGCCUGGUGAUCAAGCUUUCACAAAUUUUGAGAUGACAGUCGAAUCAGAACAAAGUACUGUGACUACAUGGUGGAUGUCCAGUGUGGGAUAAUAUGUCUGGUGUCUAAACAAAAAAGGGCAAUAACUUGGUCAUCUCUUCACCAAUUUCUUCAAGAAAACUUCAAACAAAUGAAAUUCAACGAGGGGAACGUUAAGUUUGUAAAGAAGUGUGAAGAAAAGCAGUCCACAUGUUUCAAGAAUUGCCAAGUUUUUACACUUUUCAACCAAAAUUGAAGAAAACACUACUUUUUAAAAAGUAUUAAGCUACAGGGGCGUAAUUAGUUUAUUCUGGUUUCAGGACGAGAACGCUAAAACCACAACGGUCACAUCAGAUGGGUAUCUCAAUGUGCUCAAAAAGCUUUUAAAUUUGGAGUAGAAGGUGCUAUGCUGUUGAGGAGGCCUGGUUCCAAUGGAAUGGGGCCUCCUCCUAAACAUCAAGAGUUGCCCUUGCAUAGGUGCAAGAAAGGUUUAGAGAACACCUGAAAGCUUAUAAUGGUCAAGGCAUUCCUUGACUUGAAGCCCUUCAAUUAUUUCCUUUGGAGUUUUUCUACACAGUCUACAGAAACAACCUACAAAUAAUUGAACUGUUGUAAGUUAAUGUUGAACAGUAGAUCCACAGAAUCAACCCAGGAACAGGCCUCAGAGUUAUUCAAAAUUUCCAGUGGCUUGUUGGAGCUUGUAUGAAGAGAAAUAGUCAGUACCUGGAGCACAGGCCUACAGUUCAAACAGCCACUACCUUCCCUAAGUUUUUUUGGCAAUAUCAAUUUUGUAGGCCUACAACAGAACAACAUGUUUGAUUUUUAAGCAUAGAGCCUGCUGUUGAGCAGGGAUAUGCGCUAUACAAAUGCUAUCUAUUAUCAUUAUUAUUAUUUUUAGUAAGUUACAAAGUUUUGCUUUCUCACUCAAUUUUUGGUUCAAAUUUCUAAAAUUUGAUAUUUGUCGAACUCGUUAACAAAUUUUCUUCAAAUUGACAAAUGUGACAACCAUCUGGUUGAAUUUUGUUUGUUUGAAGAUUUGUUGAAAUUAGUGGAAAAAAUGACCAAAUUAUUACCCUUAAAAUGGGUCCUCUUUUUUUUUUUUUUUUUACUCCCGAUACUUCUGACUGCAGGUUAUCAUAGGCUUUACUUUUAUGUUUUCCCAUUAUUGUCUGGGAGUUUUAUUUUCAGGAAUUUGAAAUUUUUGCAUGUUUUGGACACGUUCUUUGACAUUAAUUGUCCUGUUCACUGUUUGGCUUUAGACUGGAUUAUUCAAAAAGAUUGUGUUACAGGUUUGGCCAUGAAGAGAGUGAUGUCCAUUUUGAACGACACAACCGCAACCAGUCUUGUUUGGGUUUUUUUAGAUGUAAAGAUCUUGCAAGUUUCAGAUGAAACUCCAAAGUUGUAAAUGACAGGGUCCCCGCGCAACCAGGAAAACAGUAAAAAAAACCCAGAGAAUUUCAUUUUCAGAUUUCUUGAAAAUGAAUGAAAACGAAAAUGUACAGGAGAAAGCCGGGAAAUCAAAGGGCUGCCAACAGUUAUGUUCGUUUGACAGAAUCAUUAAGGUUUUUAUACUUUGAAAUUCAAUUUUACAAAAA